GCUCCCGGAGGAUGGAGCAUUGAGGCAGUCUGGGUGGCUGCCGGCAGCGCCAUGGAGACCGUGCAGCUGAGGAACCCGCCGCGCAGGCAGCUGAAAAAGUUGGAUGAAGAUAGCUUAACUAAACAGCCAGAAGAAGUGUUCGACGUCUUAGAGAAGCUUGGAGAAGGGUCUUAUGGCAGUGUGUACAAGGCUAUUCAUAAGGAGACUGGCCAGAUUGUUGCUAUCAAGCAAGUGCCUGUGGAAUCGGACCUGCAGGAGAUAAUCAAAGAAAUCUCCAUAAUGCAGCAGUGUGACAGCCCUCAUGUAGUCAAAUAUUAUGGCAGCUACUUUAAGAACACAGACCUGUGGAUUGUGAUGGAGUACUGUGGGGCUGGCUCUGUAUCUGAUAUCAUUCGGCUACGAAACAAGACGUUAACAGAAGAUGAAAUAGCUACAAUAUUACAAUCAACUCUUAAGGGACUAGAAUACCUCCAUUUUAUGAGAAAAAUACACCGAGAUAUCAAGGCCGGAAAUAUUUUGCUAAACACAGAAGGUCACGCAAAGCUUGCAGACUUUGGAGUCGCAGGUCAACUUACAGAUACCAUGGCAAAGAGGAAUACAGUGAUAGGAACGCCAUUUUGGAUGGCUCCUGAAGUUAUCCAGGAGAUUGGGUACAACUGCGUGGCAGACAUCUGGUCUCUGGGAAUAACUGCCAUAGAAAUGGCUGAAGGAAAGCCCCCGUAUGCUGAUAUCCAUCCAAUGAGGGCAAUAUUCAUGAUUCCUACUAACCCUCCCCCCACAUUCCGUAAGCCAGAGCUGUGGUCGGACAACUUCAUGGAUUUUGUGAAGCAGUGUCUGGUAAAAAGCCCGGAGCAGAGAGCCACGGCCACCCAGCUCCUACAGCACCCAUUUGUUAAGAGUGCCAAAGGAGUGUCGAUACUGCGAGACUUAAUUAACGAAGCCAUGGACGUGAAACUGAAGCGCCAGGAAGCCCAGCAGCGGGAAGUGGACCAGGACGACGACGAGAACUCAGAGGAGGAUGAAAUGGAUUCUGGCACGAUGGUUAGAGCCACCGGUGAUGACAUGGGCACUGUCCGAGUAGCCAGCACGAUGAGUGGCGGAGCCAGUACUAUGAUUGAGCACGGCGACACAUUGCCGUCCCAGCUGGGCACCAUGGUGAUCAACACGGAGGACGAGGAAGAGGAAGGAACCAUGAAAAGAAGAGAUGAGACCAUGCAGCCUGCAAAACCAUCUUUCCUUGAAUACUUUGAACAAAAAGAAAAGGAAAAUCAGAUCAACAGCUUUGGCAAGAACGUAUCUGGCUCUCUGAAGAAUUCUUCAGAUUGGAAAAUACCUCAGGAUGGAGACUAUGAGUUUCUUAAGAGCUGGACUGUGGAGGACCUGCAGAAGAGGCUCUUGGCCCUCGACCCCAUGAUGGAACAGGAGAUGGAAGAGAUCCGGCAGAAAUACCGGUCCAAGCGGCAGCCGAUCCUGGAUGCCAUUGAAGCCAAGAAGAGGAGGCAACAGAACUUCUGAUAACACCAGCCUGGACUUGGGUGGCUUCUGGGUUGCUAAACUCAUGUCUGUUAGCCAGCACUUCUGCUCUGUCAUUUAUCCACAGCACCUUUGUGAACUCAGGAAUGUGCGCCAGUGGGAAGGGCUACUUGACAGUCAUUGUGCCAUUUGGCGUGUGUGUUUACACCGGCAAGGUGUAUCUUGAAGGGUUUGUAAUGGUGCUUUUAACUCAGAAUUGUAGACUCCAGGAGCAGAGACUCCUAGUUCAUUGAUAGCUGGGAAAUUUUUUACAUUGUUUCUUUUUGUUUUCCUCCUAGUAAUAGCUUUUGGUUGCUCGCCCUGGAAGACUUUUUAAAAAAAUCUAUAAAUAUGCAUAUAUAUAUAUAUAUAAAUUAUAAAUAGAUUCCCCACUCUGUGGUGGUGUCUCUGUACAGGUACAGUUUCAAACACUUUGCCUCUUUCCUGUGAGAUUAUGGUACUGUGCAGCAAGAGAGCAGAAGACACUGGGAGGCUCUGAGGAGGCCACUGAAUCCCAGGAGUCACUUUCACCCGUUGCAGGGCUGCAUGAAAAAAUUAGCCUUGGGAUGGUUGUGCCACCACAGUGACAAGCCUCACAUGGUCACCACUGGCCUCUGAAGCUGUCGGUGAUGCCAGGAAAAAACCUGGAGAACUUGAGUUUUCUCUUUUCCCAGGAGAAGCCUGGCACCUUCUUUGCAAAGUAGCCUUUGCUGUCCCAAUGCCUUUUGAUCUAUCUCCACCCUCCCAGCUGCCUAAAGUCACAUCCCAGAUACUGCCCAGUGCCUUAAGAGGAGAGACAUCUGUGAAAGGACCAGCUACCAAGAGCUCUCUCCAGCAAACAGGGCCCUAUCCAGCCAGAAAAUCUCACUGUUUAUGGGAAAAAUCACACAUGACAUUCUGCUCUUCAUUUCUUAGAUACAGGGUAAAGGGCGCUGCUCUCAUGGUCCACAUCCAAGUACGUGAUUGAUUGUUCAUGGUCCACAUCCAAGUACGUGACUGAUUGUUUAUGUUUUCUUCACUGUGGAGCCUCUGGCCAGGGUAAAUUAGUGCCGGACCAAGGCUCACUCCCAGAAGACUUAGUCGGACCCAGAAUGGCAGAGCUGGAAGGGGUUGUCACAGUCAGUGGGUCUGACCUUGUAUUGUCCAGGUGGGAAAGUGAGACUCAGAGGAGAGGUGACAUUGCCAUUGCCACAGAUCAAGUUAGAUUAGAAGGGGGAUUGGAUUCAGAGCCUUUGUCCUGGGCCACUGGACCCAGAGCCUCUUCACUGAGAGCAUGUGGCUGCCAGUGUAUAUCAGGUUGGCCCGGGGACCCCGGGUCUUCCCUUGCCUCUUUGGUACCUAAGCUGCUAUGGAAAGGUCCACCAGAGGAGCCAUGUCAUUCAGACUCAGCAUGCCAGUGGGUUCCUUACACUGUCUCCCAGAUACAGACAGGCACUCAUGGAAGGCCUACAGUGGGGUAGAGGGCUUUGCAAAAGACAGGUACAGAGUCAUCCCUGCACCUUUGGCUCAAAACUGCAGUCAGAAGGAACUGGGAAGACAGUUACCCUUUUAUUUCUUCGCAUUUCAUCCCUCUGAUGGGAACCCUGAUGAGGUUGCACCUGAGGAUACUGAAAUUCGACUCCGCAAUUGCUUUUGCUCCCUAACCUGAGAGUCGAUAAAAAGGCAGAGGACGUUCUUUUCUGUGACCAGAUCCUGUUCUUUGCAGUUAAAGCAAGCUUUAAAGAAAUGCAAGAGGUAGCUGGUCUGCAGGCCUUGGCCAGCAAAGUAACUGUGACAGAGAAUUAGAGGACAAUUCAUGGAUCUUGCUGGGAUGAUGAAUGGCUGCUAGCAUGUCCUGGGUAGCACAUGUCAGGUGCUGAGCUAGGUGUACUACAGGUUUUAUUGUAAUCCCCUGGGCUUAUUAUUUUUCAUAUGAUGAUUCCUUCCCACAACACUGUGGAUCUGGAUGCAUGACAUCCUAUGGGGCUAGUAGUCACAGAAACAGGAAAGUCCUGAACGCUUAGAAUGAAGUGACCAUAGCUUCUCACCAAGACUUAAAGUCUAAGUGGUGUUAUUUUUUUUUUUUUUCAUUUUAAGGUUAGAAACCAGGUGAAUGAAUAGUCAAAUCCCCAAGUAAAGAAAGUUUUUAAAAACCCAGAGUAGAGAGCUUGCCAUAACAUUUGCUGUGCUGCUUAAUAGCCCAGCCCUGAGCGCUUUCCGCUUGAAGGAGAAGGCUUUGGGCUUUGCCAGACAGAAGGAAAAAGCCCCUGGCUCCCUUCUAAAGCAAGAUGGGAGUACAGGAAAAGCGUUUUUCCUGUGACUAUUGAGCUGUGAACCUCAGUCUGGAGUCUCUUUGGUCACAAGCAUGUCUGCACGGCACAGCUUGGUCCACAGGUGCUCAGCCGUCCGGCUCAACAGCUGUUUGCCAGAAGCCAGUUGUUUUGGAUUCUAGCGAGGCCUACGUGUUGUUCGGUGACGGGAGCAAACCGUCCUUUCCUUGAGGACCAGCCAAAUCCUAAGAAUCGUGUUUCACUUCUCUGGAGCUUGAGCAUUUGUGGCUCUGGCUUGCAGUGGACUCUGGCUGGGCUCUCUGCUUCCAAGGUACCGAGGCCCACACCUAAAUUCUUUUCAACAAACAAACAGAACCUCAUACUCUUUAAAAAUAUUGUAGUUUUGCUCCCAUUCAUAAAUUUGAAGCACAUAUCCACUUUUAUUUCCUUUAUAUAUUUUUUUAUUUUAUAUAAGAUUUUUAUUUUAUAUAAGAUUUUAUAUUCCCCAGUAGAUUGGACAAGAAUUUGACUAACUGGGAGUGAGAAAGGUUGUUGGGGGUGCAGAUGAGUGGGAGCAGGGACCUGAAGCCUUAGGAGCUGAGUCUUGAGUCUCUUACACUGAGUAGCACCUGGCACUGCCAGAAACUCUUUUUACCAUUUAAACCUCAAUACCCCCGUCUAGUGUCAGGAGUGGGAGAGAUGACAUCACUGUAGACCCUGCAGAUACUCGGAAACUAAAAGCAGAAUAUCAUGAACAGCUUCAUGCUAAUAAAUUCACCAGCUUCAGUGAAAUGGGCAGACACCCAGAAAAUUACAAAGGAACUAAGCUUACUCAGAGACAAAAUGGGCAAUCGCAACAGCCCCCAGCCCCUGUUCUGCCAGAACUUGGUAGCUCUGAGAGACAUGGUUAGCUCUUCAUUUAAAGGACCAGGAACCUGACACUCUGUAGCAACUGUUCCUCAAGGUCACCAGAGUGUGACAGAGUCUGAUUCUUACUCCACUGGCCCUCCCAGCAUACCUCUUGGUCUCUAAAGAUUGCUGUCCUUUUUUUUGGGGGGGAGGAAGUCUUUCCCGUUCAGACCACACCCCUCAUCCUCCUCACCCUUUUUAAAGCACUGUGUUUGUGUUUUUAUUAGGAUUACAUGCAUUGUCUUUGGAAUCUGUGUUCUUUGUGUUUAGGGGGGAGGUCUCUUCCACCAGCCUGCACUCAGACCAACUUGGAGAGAAAAAAAAAUCUUAAAUGCUGUUGCUGAUGUACAAUUUAAAAAAAAUGUGAAGUUUGUAGCUUUAAUCUUUUGUAACAAAAACUAAUUAACACUGGCUUAAGUGCUGACUUGAAAUGCUAUUUUGUAAGGUUUGGCUGUAAAUAGUAGAGGUCAGCUGUUUGUAUAUGUGUGAGACAUAGCUUCUUCCACUGCCCUUCGUUUUUAACUGGAGGUUCUUCCUGUGUGCUUUUAUGUUAGAGUCGCCCCCUCCUCAUUUCUCCCCCACCACCUGUCACCCUUGUGUUAAAUAAACUGUCCUUUAGACCACA